UUCAAUGCUUACGCUGUACGCUACCUUUUCGUCCAGCUGGGGAGAGCGCGUAUUUGUUGUGCUGCACGUGUCACAUCGAUAUCACUGGAGUUUCACCGCUGUGUUUUUCUAAAUAAUGUGCGCAUUUUAGGAUUUACUGGGGUUUUAUUUGGGAGAUGUUGUUCUGGCAAAUAAAUGCAAUAUUGUAACGCGUGGCAAUGAGUAUGAGUAUUUCUAGCUGGCUAGGUAGUGGCGGCUAACCUAGCCACAUGGUAGAUAGCCAACUAGCUAGCUAGUUAGGACAUGCCUAGACCUGUCAUUCGAAGCCGAACUGAGAUUCCCAUUCCUUUGGAUAUGGAUUAUAAAUUUCCUCAUACACUUUUUCCGGUUUAUUUUAACUCUGGGCCUCCUACUUCGAAGUUCCAACAUAAUGUCGGAGGCUGGGGUUCGUAUGGUCAGGUGUUCGAAGUUAACACGGUUCGACAUGAGGAAGGCGCUUCUCUGCCCAAAGUACACUGGAAAUUCCAAUCUCAACAUCAAGUAAAGGGAGAACCAUGGUUGCCUUUGGAACCUGUACCAAUGCCCCUUCUGAAACCUAAAAGAGCCGUUACGUGGUCAUCAACAGCGCUCCCAGAUCCUCUGGACUUCUCAGAGCAUAUGCAGAACUUCUACCAGUAUAACUAUAAGGAUGCCUUUUGCACGAUGAGCCAUGUCCUGGGAGAGAACUGGUACUUUGGACAGGGAAAGAGAAAGGCAAGUGAUCAAAAAGCGGAUCACAUGUGGCAGACAGACAACUUUAUUGAAUCACUGACGUCCAUAAAGUGUGCUUAUAAUCGCAUGGGAUAUGGGGUCAAGAGGUACGUCAACCUGUUGUCAGAUGUGAUCCAUGACAUCCCCCCUGACCUACUCGCUGACCUGCUCCACGAGGAACUGGCUCAUCAGAGGGAACAGGCGCAGUUCUCUGACAACACCACAGGGGGCGCCCUUGAGUACAUACCCUUCAGCACCAGCGGCGCCUUGCAGCAAGGCUGUCUAGUGUAUCCUGGGAAAGUGGGCUUUGACAACCUUAACUUCCAUAGGGUGGCGUUGGAGUUCCAGGAAGGGAAGCCAUGUUUUGUCUUGAGCCCCACCCCAUUGUCGUUCCAACUCAGCGGCCCGGUCAGACAGGUCUCCAUAGGGGUUCGCCAGGUUCACUAUGAGGUUGGAGUGCGCUCUGAUUACCUGUGUGGUGUCUGGAGGGUCAGUGAGAAGAACAAGCCUAAGAUUCUGGAGGUUGUGAAGACCAAGCACCCAGCUACUUGCCUCAGUGCCAGUCCCCAUGUCCAAGGAGAGCUUCUGGUGGCCAGUGAGAGCGGAGCUGCCCAUCUAUGGACCCUGGGGAGAGGGUUGCAGAGGUUCCGUCAGGAAGAUUGCAACCUGUACUUUAACACCAAGUCUCUAUGGAGGUGGUCCGACUUCUCUGGACACCCCAGGGUGAUGGUGUAUGCCGACAGGAGUGGUGUAGAGCUGACUGACAUCAGAGUCAAAGACCGUAGCCACACACUGUUUCGUAUCGGACAAACUCCAGAUUGUAAGAGUGGAGAGAGGGUCAUCCUGUCCAAAUACCUAAGUGAAGUCCACACCUUCCACCACCUCAUUACCACCCAGUACUCUGCAUACAUCCUGGACGAGCGUUUCCCCUGCCUGCCAGUGGCCAAGCAGGAUCACAUGAUGGAGCAGCCUCCCAUGUUUGCUCAGGCUGUGGCCGGGUCACCGUCAGGAGGCGGACCUACCAAAGUGCUACUGGGCUCCCAGAGAUCACAGGAAGUGACAGUGCUGCAGUACUCAGGUGGAAGGGAGGAGGCCUGCGUCACCUGGGGCCCGCCUCGGGCCCUUCUCAGCCCCAGAGACAGCCUGGGGCACCUGUCCGUCCAGCUCCCCCAUCGCCAGCGUCUGGCCCAGGACAGGCUAGCCGUGCCGGCUGCGGGUCUCACAUUCAUCCAUCACAGCCAAGGCAAGGAUGAGUGUAUCUGUGUCUUGCAACUCACUGAGGCCGGAGACAUUUUCUACCACACGCUGAUGUCCCAGACGGAGUCAGACUCGCCAGCGACGAAACAGAACUCUGUAGGAGGCCAAGAUGUCGGUUUCACCCUACCGAGCCUAUCGCCUAGAACAGGAAAACAGAGCUCAAGAAGCGGAGACCUGGAUGAGGCGUGUUGUUCCUCUGAAACGUCCUCUCCUGACGAUAACCGCGGGGUCGAGGGGCGUUCGUGGGACAUCCCGGAUUCUGGCGGUCUUGAGGUGGUUGUCAAUGACCCCGAUUAUGACCCCGACCCGUCAUUCGCCUCAGACGUGGGACCGAGCGACACUCAGGAAACCAUUGGUCCUGCUCCGCCAUUCACCACAGAGUCUGUAACGGCUAACGCUGGUCCGGUUUCGCCAAGGUCAAAAGUUAGUGCCGAGGCCCUGUUGGCGUGGAAGAAGUGGCUCCUCAAGCUGUUCCGCAAGAGACCCCGGAGGGACCGGUGCCACCUCCCUCACCUUACCGUAAAAACCCAGGUUCUCCUCCCCAGAGAGACCCCCCAGGGAGACCCAUUGGAAAAGGACCGUCUUCGGAGCCUCCGGAAGGACCUCCGGGAGACCAUGAGGAGGGGGGACGUUCUGGUUCACGGCAGCACCUAUCUCAAACCGCUGGCGCUGGUGCCCAUCCCAGCCCCGGUCAAGACGUCCGAGUGGGCCGAUGCGCUGAGCGAGAGGAUGACCGUUUCUUGGGAGCCGGGGCUGGGUGGAUGGAGGAGCUGGUGGUUGGAGAGGCUGGGCCUGAAUCGAGAGGAGAAGGUGGAGGCCCUGCGAAGGAAGAGGAGGAGGGAGAAACAAGCAAAGGCUCACCGGCGUAUUGACCUGUCAGGCAGCUUCACCUCGUCCAUCAGCUACCAAUCACAUCUGGACAGCGACGCUUUCUCCGGUUGGUCGUCAGCCACCAGUCAGGACGACCGGGGGGACAGCUUCCACUACAAAGACUGGGACGAUCUGUCCGACCCAGGGACACCAAGGCCUACAACCCCCAACCAACACAUGGGUUCGGGGCCUACUACUCCAUUGGGCCAGUUUAGUAGCUCUUGGUCCGGAACCACAACCCCAAACACAGAACCCGGUUCUAGUUCACAUCUUGGCUCUCUGCAGAAGCUGAGAAAAUCCCUCCACGGGACAACUGCAGCUCCCCAGCAAUCUGGGCGUAGUUCACCACCCACCCACCCCAACAAUGAAUCCCAGUCCCCUUUUGUGCCCAAUAAACAACCUUGUAGGUCACAGGCCGCAUCCCCUCACACCCAGCCCAGCAGCACAGGGUCAUUGUUCACGCCAACAAAAAACCCAGGCAAUGAUAGUUUAUCACCCUGGACAACAGUGGGUAUCAACCUGACGACGUCUGCCACUUCCAGGACAGGGGUCACGUCCCAGAAGAUGCCCGGGGCACGGGACCAGGAUUAUUUGAGUGUCCUUUUUGGAUCCCAGGAACCGGAUUUGGCCACACCAGGAGAAUGGUUUAAUGAAAGCAGCCACGCUACUCCUCUGGCCUCCUCUCAGAUGUCCUCCGUCUCCUUGUCGCAGAGGACCCCAAGGGUGGGACUGCUGUCACAGACCUCACAACCCAAACGGAAGAAGUCUCGUAUGGGUUUCUGAUCUCUGUGCCAGAAGGUGCACGCUCCAACCCCAACUGUUCUUUUCAAACGAGAUGAUCGUGGGGAUGGAACUAUGGCAAGUGAUCCUUUUUAACCUUUGGUUUCUUUGAGCGGGUGAUUUUGUUAUGCGGCAAGACUGAAGUGUGAAUUGGCUUUUUUUGUUUUCAUAAUAGGCUCCUACUUCGCAUAUUGCGAAUCUUGUGUUCAAUAAUUGCUUUAGGCCUGCUUUUUCUAAACUCUGGCCCAAAGGAAAAAACUAUUUGGAAGAAUUCCAGUGGCGUCACUGAAUGUUUUGAAAUGUGGAAAUUGGAAAUUCUGGAGCAAUGUGGUGAAAUGUUUUUAUGAAGUUGCCAGAACUUCCUCUUUAUAUUGCCAGUCAUUGUUUUCAUAAGUAGGUAUAGGUGUAAGACUAACAAAGCAGAAUUUAAUCUGAAAUAAUUUUGAUAGAUAACAUCUAAUAAAGUGAGACAAAAGAUG